UCGGCUUCGUCCCGUCUUCCUACAGCGAUCGAGAAGAGAUGCUCAGCGCAGAAGAGAUCGGUAUCAUCAUCAUCGUGCUCGGUGUCUGGAUGAUGGCCAUCGUCCUAUUCUUCAACAGGUGGGGCAAGAUCCGUAUGUUGGAGCCGUACGAGUACAAUUUCAAGUACCACCAUCCGAUUCCUGAGGUGGCCAACCACCGUCCCAGCUGUCCGCUGGCCGACGGCGCGCCGCUGCUGCAGACCUCGUUUGACCGGCACUGCUCGCUGGACCGGCGGCUGGCGCCAUACGGCCGCCGCUGCUCCUCCCUGUCCGCCUACCUGAGCACCGAGCCGCGGAUGAUCCGCAACAACAGCGACCCGGCGCCUCCACACCCUCCCGGCCAGCCCCGGCCGGGCGCAUACCGCAGCAGCAUGCAGGAGCUCCGCCGGGAGACCACUCACUACGGACCUGACCUGGCGCCGGCCGCCGGCCGACCGGCCCGGACCGCUCAGGACUCACCGGUGGCCGUGGCGGUGGUGCAGGGGGCCGCAGAGACCAGCGGAGUGUCCCGGGUGAGCCCGGCGCCGCCACAGGCGGGUGUUGGACGGGGGAGUCCCACCGUCGCGAGGAGAGAGACUGGUCGAGAGGUGGGACUGACCAGGGGUCGUAGUGUGGUGGCGGAGGAGGGCAGACUCGCCGGGGAGGCCGGCGGCAGGCGCGCGGAGCCCAGUAGAGCGCUAGAGCGGCCCCGUGAGCUACUGCUGAAUCUUGAGAGGGAUGGUCACCCGGCCGAGACCGGCACGGCGCCAGGAAAGACGUCGGAGCCGGACAGACGACAGAAGCUCACCAAACCGUUCCGCCUGAUCUGCCGGGAAACGGAGACCGAACCGGCUCGGGACUCGGAGGUAUGACGUCAGACCCACGACCGACGUCACCAGACUGUGUGGCGUCACUCUGCCAUGUCACGUUACACAUUGUGACCUGCCUUUAAUUAACGCGACGUAUCCCCGGUGAGAUUCCGAACCCGGUAGCAAUCCAGAAGCCUCAGCGUCCUGUUGGAACGUCAUCAAUUCGGGGCGCACUCCGCAGCCCGCCCGGGUCUGAUCACGACGGCGCCACGAGAUGCGGACUGGGGACGUCUCUCAGAAGGCUUCCCGGCCGCCGCGCCGACAGCGUCUGCCGACGAAGGUCCGGUGAUUACCUGCUGCAACUGUA